AUGGUCCAGCCAAAAGCGAGUCUGAUACGCACCUUGAAGUUGACCUCGAGCCAAUGCCGGCAUGCCCAUACACGAGCUGGUCCGUACAGCUCUUCAAUUGCGCAACUUCUAGACAACGGUCCGCAGGAUGCCAGCAAGGUGGUGAUCAAUGGCUUCAUCAGGUCAAUCAGGAAUCAGAAGCAGAAGUCAUUUGUCUCUGUGGGAGAUGGAACGACGGCGAAGUCAUUACAAGCUGUGCUGAGGCCAGAACAAGCACAGAGUCUCACGACUGGGACGGCAGCACGGUUCACAGGAGCUUGGAGGCCAUCACCGAAUACCAAGGCCCAAAGCCACGAGCUCGUUGUAGAAGAUGUCGACAUAUUUGGCACUGCCGAUCCGGUCACAUUCCCUUUGCAGAAGAAAUGGCAUACACCUGAGUAUCUUCGGACGAUGCCCCAUAUGCGAGGACGAACCCAGACAAAUUCGACUUUACUUCGUUUGCGUUCAGAUGCCAUAGCUGCUGUGACUGGAAUGUUUCAUCAGAAUGGAUUCACGCAGACCCACACCCCAAUAAUCACAUCGUCAGAUUGCGAGGGGGCGGGGGAGGUUUUCCAUGUUGGUAGUGCACACAAGGGGAAGAUUACCAAAGAAGAUCACGGCACAUUUUUCAGGUCUCCGAAAUAUCUAACCGUUUCAAGUCAACUACAUCUAGAGGCUUUGGCACAAUCAGUCGGUAACGUCUGGACACUAUCACCGACAUUCCGAGCCGAGAAAAGCGAAACUGCACGGCAUCUGAGCGAGUUUUACAUGCUGGAGGCAGAAUUGAAUUUCACUGAAGAUAUGAAUGAUGUAAUGAAUGUGCUACAGGACACUUUCAGAGCUGUCACCGACAGCCUUGAAAGCCGAUCUAGGGUCGCAAUAGAGCUACUUGGAAGCGGAACUUCUCCAGACGAAUCAGUCAGUCGAGAGAAGGAACUGUUGCGACGCUGGCGUGGUGGCUCUGAGGAAUUCCAUCGAAUCACCUACACCGACGCUAUCAAGCUUCUUCGUUCAAGCCUGCACAAAUUUGAGCACGAACCUAAAUGGGGCGCCGCCCUCCAAGCCGAACAUGAACGCUAUAUUGCGACCACUUUGGGAUCAACAGAUGCUUCAGUGGUACCGGUUUUUGUCACCCACUACCCAAAGGCCAUCAAACCAUUCUACAUGCUGCCUUCCUCCAGCAAUGAAGAUGGUCGCGAAACCGUGGAGUGUUUCGAUUUGCUCGUCCCCGAGGCGUGUGAAAUUGCAGGUGGUUCCAUGCGUGAAUAUCGCUUGGAGCCACUCAUCCGAUCCAUGCAGGCCAACAAGAUGAUUCCACCUGGUACCAACCUUUCAGACAAGGAACUCGGCGACCUGAAAUGGUACGUUGAUCUACGAAGAUGGGGUAGUGCACCUCAUGGAGGAUUCGGUCUGGGCUUUGACCGAUUGUUGGGAUAUCUUGGACUUGUGCCAAAUAUCAGGGAGGUUGUGACGUUCCCUCGUUGGGUAGGACGCUGUGACUGCUAAGGGCCUAUCGUCACCUGUACAGUAUAUCUGUUGUAAUACCAUAAUCAGCACGGAAAUCCUGCACCCGACCCCCGAAUUUUACUCCCUGGGAUUUUACUCGGUCACACGCGUAUACAUGUCCCAUUCUCCAAGUUGCUCCUCGGGAACACGGCUCCUAGGCUCAACUUUCCGUUAAUGGUUCUAGGAACAGACAAGCCGGCCUCCAACUCGGCCCUUCCCUUGACCCUCGUCAUACACCGAAGUGCCCGGUCACAAGAACUUUUAGAGACAUUCAACAUUAUUCGUGCAAUCUACCACAUUUUCUUUCAGCUAUCUUUCUAUGAAUAACCUGCUCAACCCUCCAAUUCUCGACUUUGCCAACAACUGCGCCUUAUCGCUACACACAUGAAACACUGACGACCUCACAGGCGACCAAAUAUCACAAACCCCAACAUCCGGAUGAACUGCCAGGGCAGACUUCGGCAGCAAGCGCCACCAACAUCGUCGGACCCCAAAAUUGUCCGAUUCCAAACCCUGAAAUUCAAGCGCAGAAUCUCACCUGCAUCGGAACGGCUACUCCCUUCCCCAUUCUCUGCGGUGCAGCCGGUAUCUGCUGUUUCGAGAGGUAUGUAUGUCAACUACGCGUAUCAUAUUGUAAUAAGGCCAGCGUUUGGAUCAAUUGAAAUACUCAACAUGCUUAAAUCUGGAAUGUUUGCAUAGCCGCUCGCUUCUCCUUCGAGAUACUGCAGCAGAGCAAACUCAAAUCCGUAUCUGCAAACCCAAAUCCCUAAUUAGGAAGUCAAGGAGGCAAGUAUGGUGCCAUGCGAUGCGAUGCGCCUCGGACAUCUGCCACAUCUGGCAUGCACCGGCAGUUCGUGGGUUGAUCUUUGGAUUCGAGUGAUUAACCUGCUGGGCGGCUACGCCUCCCACAGAAUAGACAGUUCAUGGCCAUCAUCGACCUGCGCCUUUCUGCAGCGGCAGAUGAUAUGCAUCCGGUUUCCUAUCCUCCCCAUUCUUUUACAGCCACCCAUUCAAACCCUUUCCAAGCGGCUAUGGAACUUUCCGUGCCGCCGACACGCGCGGGGGACAGGACGAGACGACAGGGUCGCAUGCAUGCGUGCAUACGGACCCAUCGACCCAUCUGAAGGUUCUCGCUCCACCAUUCGCACUCACACGUCUCUCAAGAGCAGUGGAAUCAUUCUUGCAUGAUUUCUCCAAGGCACGUAAUUUCAAGAUUUCUGCACAGAGUAAGAAGCAAGGAGGUACAGGUACAGGGUCCUAGUGGAUCGACUGUAGUGUGUGCCUGGUUGUGAUACACAGCCUGCGUUUGCAGCGCCUAAAUCGACUCACCUGCAGGAACGAUGCAAAAUGAUCCUAGGAUCAGCGAAAUACCACGAUAUCCCCUAGGAAUCUCGUGUUCUGUGCGCUCUCAUUCGACAAUUGUUUCGUUUGUUGCGGGUACUAUCUUAUUAUGAUCUCUGCUGUGGUAGUAGUGCAACUCUCAAUCAGAUUAUGAGAGGGGAACGACAAGGGUAAGCUGCAGGUGCGGUGCGGCGCGGGGCGGACGGGGAACGGAACGGCUAUGUACGAGCCUAUUUUAACACCAGGGUAUAUCUGAAUAGGGCUGAGAUCUGCGGUGAUGGCUUGUUGGGAGCGGUGAUCGCGAGUCAGUUAGAAUAAUGGCAUGGUGGGAGAGCCUAGAGCAUAUUGCCAACCGAGUCCUGUAUGCGACCCUCGUCACCACAUUUGUCCAUACAAUCUCAUCAUCUCCAGAGACUGGAAGUGACCCCACAAGGCGCAAGAGGACACCUGAGCAGACUUGGACGUGGUAUCUCACGAAAUCUGCCUACCAUGACCUUAUUUUGAAACAGAAAAUCGCUCAAUCACCGCAUGUUCACACCAAUUGUCUAUACAAUACCUGCAAGGCAUACCGAGUGGGAAAUUCCGGUGCUCGAUCGAAGUGAAGUGAAGUCGAGAUAGAGUUGGGGGCUGAUCACCAACAAAACGACCCUUGCAUCCAUUCUGCGCUUUCCAGCCCCCAAGCCGAAACUUCUCCCCCCUCCCUUCUCCCCCCAGCUACCAUAGUUCGAAUCCCAAGUAUCUCCAGCUCUCAGUACCGAUCGAAAAGAGGGCUGCAGAUAGUGAGAAAACGGAUAGGAUGAACUGGCAUCUUCCAGGUCCCGGAUCAUGGGGGCUUUUUCCCGUCCCAGCAAAUGCGCUUUUGACGUGAAGGCGUUGACGCUUGGUUCACACUUUAUUCUUUGCCGUUACGAGGCGCUUGGAAUAGGGCUCGGACCGAAUGAUGGGUAUUUGCUUGGGGGCCAAGCUUUCACCUUCGCUCUCAAAAGAGGGUGAAUACCUCCGGUCUUUGGCCGGGGCUUCAGUCCCCAGUGUUAGUCUUGCGGUUUCAUUCGCUAGUCACAUUGUAUCGCGAGGUACUGUUACAAAACAUAUCAUCCAGGCCCGGCCGCCCGGCCAGAGUAGCUUGUUGGGUUGCAUUGGUAGAUGGGUGGGUUUGUAUGAGACCAAUAAAUGGGUACUCGUCUGUCUCGAGAUAGACACCGACCGACCUCGAACCCCUCCCAUUUCUUCAGCGGGGCAAGGAGCCAGGCAGGGCAGGCAGGCAGUGUCACACCCGCGCCUAACCGCCCGCCCGCACCCCUACCCUUUCUAUAUAUUCUUCCUUACAGUGUCUGCAUGUACAAGCAUGUAACUGUACACACCAAAACACAUGCAGCAGCCUGUUAUCUGGCGGGUCGGUCGAGGCGGAGGCGCGCGGAGGCCAGGCGAGGCGCCACUCCCGUCUCGUCCCCCCUGGUCCUGCAGCCAGUUGCAGCCGCUGCGCUUUCUUCACUUUGAAUAAUAAUAUUCAUUUAUUCAUUAUUUGAAUAUCUUGAAUGUAUUUUAUUUUUUGUUAUUUUCCUUUUGCUGCCACACGACCCACCCACACCUACACACAGGGCAGGGGGUCGUACAUCAAGUAGCCGCGCCGGACCUGCGGUUACUGCCCCUCCUUUCCCUUCCCUGUUGCUUUUCCUCCCUUACCUUGUCAACACUUUGACUCAUCGGAGGUGGGCUGAACAAGCCAGGCAGCUGGAGGAUAAUGUCUACGGGUCCGCUUGCUUGCUUUCUUGCCUGCUCGCUUGCUUGUUGCUUCCCCAAGGAGACAACCUCUGUACUGCGAGUACACUGGGCUGAGACUUCACAAGAGUAGGAGGAGAGUUCUCAUUACAGUAGAGUAAACCUGAAACCAAGCGCAGAGGUGGCGCAGCCGCGUACAUCUGCAUCUGUAUCAGCCUGUCUAUCUAUCUUUGUAUCUCCAACUUCAUUUGCGCUUCAUUUUUUAUUCAGCUUUGCUCAGCUGUCUGCCUGUUUAUCUUUCGAUCUAUCUGUUUGUAAUACGUGAUGGCUGAUGGGAGGCAUUCUUUCCUAGGGAGGGGAGGGUGAAAAAGUUGGGUGGUGAGUCAGUGAGUGAGUGGGUAUCGGAGGGUGGUGGUCUGAUAGUCAGUCAAUCAUCAGCUGAGUUGGAGAGUGAGUGAUACGAUCCUCGAUUAUUGACUUUCGCCCUCUUUUCAGGAAGUGAGCCGUCUUUAUGAACAGCAACUUGUAAUCUAGCGAGUUUGAAGCUACUUUUUGUACUUUAUAGAUUCUCCUGAGUCCGAAGAAGCAUACUGCACCCCAGUGUGGUGGUGUGAAGGCAGAAGAGAGGGAUUUCGACUUUUUUUGGCUUCGCAGCUUGGUACUCAACGAAAGUAAUCCUUCAUUCUUAGGAAGUAAAAUCCACUUGCAUGAAUAAAUGACAACGAGACCCUCUGUUAUUUCCGCUCUCUUUCAGACUUCCUGGCUAUGUUCUCGUCUAAGUAACAACUCCCGAGAUCUUUCAAUCCACACUUUCUCCUUCUCCUUCUCCUUCUCCUUCUCGUCAUCUCAACAACAUCAUAACGAAAACUCAAAGCAAGUAAGUAAGUAGGUCCUAGAUACCUCUCCCCACCCACUCUUUCCCGAGGAAAUAUACCACCCACCCACCCACUCUACCCAGCUACCUACCUACACCUCUUGAUUUCUGACCUCCGAAGUGGCAAUCGGUCCGGCCCAGCUCGACUACAUCCUACCAACCCAUCCUACCAACCAACCAAUGGUCCCACGGCACAGCUACCUACCUACCAUGAUGGGAUUUAUUAUACAUAAUAUAAAACACCAACUUAAUCUUCAGCGUAUAAUUUUCAGCCUUCAGCCUUAGCUACUUGUUGCUUGCAUGGAAUGUGAAAUGUGAAACAGGGAAGGUGGAAGAUGAAACGUGAAACAUUCCCAACAAUAGAGAUAACGUAGGACUGUGAGGUACCUCACGGGUAAAGUAGUAGUGCUGUACCUGUAUCUGUACUUGUACCAGUCAGGGAGGGGGUAGGCUCGCUCGUUCACUCACCUACAGGAACAGCAACAGGAACAAGAACCAGGGAGAGGGGGAAGGGGAGAAGGAGAAAAGAAAGGAAAGUUUGUUAUAAGCGCAAGGGUGCGGCGCAGGUAAUCAUACAGUACAGUCCUAACACUGUAUCUUCGGAGAUCAAGAGAUGUACGCAUGCAAUGUAUCAUUCACCUUUCAGCCCUCUGCUCAGCUGGGGUCCAGCUCAGAUCAGAUCAGCUCGGGUCGGGUUGGGGGUUAUCUGUUUGUCUUUGUGUCUGUCUCUCUGAUUGUUUGAUAAACAAGUAUCCAGUAUCAAACAAAUGUAUAUGUAGAAACAUUUGUAUGCGUGGGAGUAUGUUUGGACGUAUUCAUAGAUCAGAUCAGAUCUGCAGUCUUUUUCUCCACUUGUUCACUUGCCCACUUGCACCAUUCAACCUUACCCACCUGCUUCCCCCUUCCCGCUAGUUUUUUUCUUCACCUGCUUCCCCGCCGGCAAGUCCAACACUACAGAUCCCAUCCCAUCACACAACACCACUUCCCAAUAUAGAGCCAUACAAAACAAAACAAAACAAAAACAAUCACAUAACACAUAACACAAGCAUAACAGAAACAUAACACAAAUCUGCCUCACACAAAUCCAACCCUCUCCCUCCAUCCAUCCAUCCCUCCCUCCAUCCAUCCGUUCGUACGUUUCAGAUAUAUUAUAUUACAGUACAUGCCGCAUCAGGCAUCAGGCAUCAAAUAGGGAGAUAUUCUCGCCCCCACGUGGGCCCCCGCCUGCCGUCUCCUCCCUUCCAAGACAGGUGAGAGAGGUGAGAGAGAUUCUUUCUUACUUGCCUCGUAAUUUUUUAGUUGGUAGAAGAGUGGAGUGAUAGGAAAUGAUAGGAAAUGAUAAGAUGUGAUAGGAAGUGGUACCACUACCUGCCUGCCUACCUGCCUGCCGGGCCCAGCCGGUGUCCGGUGCUCGGUGUGAGCUAGCUUUGGUAACGAGAAAUGAAGCCAUCUUGAUAGAAGAGUUGGGGGAAAAAAAGGUCAGAGAGACUGCGGUGGAGGUAGAUAGAUAGAUAUCUACCAAGCAAGUCAAGCAAGCAAGUCAAGCAGUGAAGUCAAGUCCAGUCCAGUAAAGAGA